ACUUUAUUCAGUCUUCACUACAUCCGACUACAUUUUCAAAAAUAUAUGGACCGUUUUACCCCUCAAAACAUUUUUAUUUCCAUCUUACUUCUACCCAGUAUCCUUUACUUCAUCACUUAUCUACGAAAAUGGCUAAACUCACAGUCACAAUCAUUAACCCCACCGUCACCACCAAUUCUUCCCAUAAUCGGUCACCUUCAUCUCCUCACCGACAUGCCACAUCAUACCUUCACUAAACUCGCUCAAAAACUCGGUCCAAUAAUCUACCUUCAGCUCGGGCAAGUUCCCACCGUCAUCGUCUCUUCGCCUCGACUCGCUCGACUCAUCCUCAAAACUCAUGACCAUGUCUUCUCAAAUCGUCCUCAACUCGUUUCAGCUCAGUACUUGUUUUUCAACUGUUCCGACGUUACGUUCUCUCCUUACGGACCUUACUGGCGUCAAGCUAGAAAAAUCUGUGUCACCGAGCUACUUAGCUCCAAGCGAGUCAACUCGUUUCAACUCAUCCGAGAUGAAGAAGUGAGUCGGUUACUAACAACGUUGUCAGCUCACCCCGGUUCAGAAGUCAACGUAAGUGAGCUUUUCUUGUCGUUAGCGAAUGAUAUCUUAUGUAGGGUGGCGUUUGGGAGGAGGUUCACGGAAAGGGUAGGAUCGUCAAAUCAUUUGGCAGCAGUGUUGAGGGAGACACAGGAACUGUUCGCAGGGAUGAGCGUAGGGGAUUUCUUCCCCGAGUGGGAAUGGGUUCACUCAGUGAGUGGGUAUAAACGAAGGUUGAUGAAGAAUUUGAACGAGCUAAGGCGAGUUUGCGAUGAGGUAAUACAGGAGCAUUUACAAAGGGGUGAAACUGGGAUUAAAGAGGAUUUUGUGGAUGUUCUAUUGAGAGUACAAAAGCAAGAUAACUUGGAAGUACCCAUUACUGAUGAUAAUCUCAAGGCUCUUGUUCUGGACAUGUUUGUUGCAGGAACAGAUACAUCAGCAGCAACCUUGGAAUGGACAAUGACAGAGUUAGCCAAACACCCUGAAAUAAUGAAGCAAGCACAAGAAGAGGUUCGAGCCGUCGCACGUCGAACCGGUAAAGUCAUCGACGAAACCCAUCUUCAACACCUUCACUUCAUCAAAUCCAUUAUCAAAGAGGCUAUGAGACUACAUCCAACCGUGCCCUUACUGGUUCCAAGAGAAUCCAUGGAUGAAUGCAUUAUUGAUGGCUACAAAAUACCACCCAAAACUCGCCUCCUUAUCAACACUUAUGCUAUAGGAAGAGAUCCCAAUUCAUGGGAUAAUCCCUUUCAAUUUAAUCCCAAUAGAUUCCAAGAUUCAAACAUUGAUCUUAAAGAUCAAGAUUUUCGGUUUUUACCAUUUGGCGGUGGGAGAAGAGGUUGCCCUGGUUAUACUUUCGGUCUUGCCACCGUCGAGAUCGCACUUGCUCGCCUCUUGUUUCACUUUGACUGGGAACUGCCUUACGGAAUUCAUACUGAUGAUGUUGAUGUUGAUGAAAUUUUCGGCCUUGCAUCGAGGAAACGAGCUCCGCUAAUACUCGUCCCGACGGUAAACGAAGGAUUGUGAAGUUAACAACUAGGACAAUGAAGUGAAGUCGAGACCAUCUUGUAGAACUGUUUCACUCUUUUAAAAAAAUAACCAAGUUAUUGCUUUA